AUGGUGUUUCCGGUCGGCAUUUACUGGGGUAAAGACAAACCAAAUAAUAGCAACGAUUUUUUAUAUGAUUUUUGUAAUGAGCUAACAGAAUUAAUCUUAAAUGGAAUAGAAAUUAAAGAUGAUGUUGGCAAUUUAAAAAAGGCACAAAUUGUGUUACAAGUAUUUUGCUGUGACGUUCCAGCUAAAUCGUUUGUACUUAAAACAAAAGGAUAUAGUGGUUUUUUUUCAUGCAACCGUUGUUUUGCAGAAGGAGAGUACAUAAAUCGAAGAGUUUGUUUUCCUGAACUAACUUCUAUGAAAAGAUCACAUGAUAAUUUUGUCAAUAAACAACAAGAAGAACACCAUGUAGGACAUAAAUGUCUAUUCUUCUUAAAAUUCCAGGAAUAG